AUGGAUAGUAUACAAAUAAUAACAUUGAUGGAAUCAGGUAUUCUAUCAUCCUCUUCAUCUUCGGACUCAUCUGAUGACGAAGAAUUAUAUUCAGUGACUUGUAAUGGAAUACAUCAUGUAAAGCCCAAAGUUAAGGACUUUGUGGUAAAUGUUGUACAUAGUUUUACCGAUGACGAGUUUUUAAGAAAUUUCAGACUAUCCCGAACUACUGUGGAUAUAAUUGUCACAGAUUUUAUGAGCAGUGAUUACUAUCCAAAAUAUACAGCUGGAAAGCCCACAAUAUCAGCUGAAGCACAUAUACUGAUGUUUCUAUGGUUUGCAGGCAACAAAACAGUUAUGAGAAUAGUGGCACAAGUAUUCAAUUGCAGUGAAUCUUCUUUUUUUGUAGUGUUCAAUAGGGUAGUUGAAUUCCUACUGAAUAUUUUGCCUAGUAUAAUUAAAAUGCCUACUUCAAAUGAUGACAAAAUACAAUGUGCCUACGAGUUUCAGCAAAUUGCUGGUAUACCUGAUGUACUCGGUGCUAUAGAUGGUUCGUAUAUAAGCAUUAGAAAACCAAAGCACAAAAUUCGAUCCACAUAUUUUAACCGACAUCAUGACUGCUCUUUAACUUUGCAAGGUAUUUGCAAUGCAAAGAAAAAAUUUGUUGAUGUUUUUACUGAAACGCCCGGUGAUGCAGCUUAUCCGUUGGAAGAAAAUAUUAUAACUCCUUUCAAGGAUUAUGGAAAUCUUACAAACAAUGAGAAAUUAUUCAAUAAAAAUCAUGCCAAGAAAAGAGUUAUAAUUGAGAAUACUUUUGGCUUAUUAAAAGGACGUUUCCGCCAAUUGUUAAAAUUAGAUUUUUCAUUAGCUGAAAAAGAUUCAAAUUUUAUACUAGCUUGUUGUGUGUUACAUAAUUUGUGUACAGAUGAUGAUGAUCUCGUUCCUGAGCAACCACCUGUAGAAUUAGAAGAAUUACCAGAAAAUGUAACUCUUAACAUUCACCCAGGAACUCUCCAAUCCCGAGAAAAAGGAUUUCAAAAACGAAAAAUGUUAUGUACUUGGUAG